GCGUCUCAUCCGCCUUUUAGGAACCUUUGAGUUCACAGGGAUUCAGCUCGGACGUGUCAUGAGUACAGACAGACAUCUGAAAGGACACUAUUGAUAUACAUGACUCUCUUCGGUUCUUGCCAUACAGGGAUAAAUCAGCCGUGAAAAAAAAGUUUGACUAAAGUCGUUUGAAUCAUUUUCGGUGCCGUGUUGGAUCUGGGUACCUGCUCAUGUGAGUUUUCUUCCAGCUAUGGAACCCUGGCCUCUCAUGGCCUGGGGCCUAAUGCUGACCGCCAUCACCGGCUGGAUCAAAGCGGUUCAAUCGAGGGACUUCACAGAAAAAGACAUUGUUUUUCUCCAUCCCUCAACAACUCCAUAUCCAGGAGGAUUUAAAUGUUUUACAUGUGAAGAUGCACCUGACAACUAUGAAUGCAACCGCUGGGCUCCAGAUCUCUACUGUCCACGAGAGAGCAGAUAUUGCUACACACAACAUAAGAUGAGCUGGGAUGGAAACACAGUGUCGGUGACAAAGCGUUGUGUGGCACUGGAAGACUGUCUUGCAGCAGGGUGCUCUGAGGUGGAUCAUGAAGGAAACAAGAUGUGUAUAUCCUGUUGUGAGGGGAACAUCUGUAACAUGCCCCUCCCGCGAAAUGAAUCUGACGCCAUCUUUGCCACCACAUCUCCCAUUAACGAGAGCAUUCAACCAGCACAGAGUCCCACGCUGCUGUUUUCUGUCUGUAUCAUCAGCCUGAUGCUCCACAGUAUUAACUGAGAGAAUCGCCCGGAGUGGAAUAAACCUUUAUGGCAGUAAUUAAGGAAACCGUUGACUUGUGCCAGUCAGCUGUGGGCUUUACUUUUCUCAAAAUGAAGUGUUUGUUCUUUGACUUUUUAUUUCCUUUGAGUACAUUUUUAUGAAUCAUAUACUGAUGUUCGAUAUGAAAAAAAGAUAUAUAUAUUGGUAGGUUUCCCUGAAGCUGAGUGGACUUGUCCGGUUCUGAGUUUUUCGCGAUGGACAUGGGACAGGGAUAUUUAUGGCAAAACUGACACAAACCUGCACAUUUUAAUUGUAUUAAUGUUAGUUGUGUUUUAUACAUUUGUAUAGAUAUAUUUAUUUUUUUAUUAUUCAUUUUUGUAGGAAGCUGAACUAUGUGUUGUUGGCUGUAGGUAUGAACCUACUGUAACUUUAAAUUUUCCACCCACCCCUCUCAUCACUGUUAGAGUAUUUUUGUCAUCAUGGAAAAGGGUUUGGCACCUAUAGAACCAAGUUCAGUGUGUCAUCCAGCAUUCCUCACUCCUAUAAAAAGAACAUUCUCUUUUAGUUUUGCACUGUGUAUUUGUGUCAUAAUAAUGCACCAUGUAUUCCUAAAGCACUUGUGUACAGAUUAUCAUGUUAAACGUCCAUAUAGCCUACAGUGAAGGGCUAGAAAUAUAUAUGUUUCUAUACAUUUGUCAGUCUGUUGUUGUGUACUGUAAUAUUUCACAAUCAUGAUUCCUGGCAAUCAGCAAAAUGUGUUGGGUCUGCAGUGACAGUGUUAUUUUUUUCAGGCGUUAUGAUUGGUUUAGGCUGAUUGUGUAUGAUUUGAUUGUGUAAUGAAGCUAUUUCCUGUUUCUUCUCCAUCUUUUGUUGAGUUAUAAAAAGUAUUGUAACAUUCACUGAAAUCAUUUUGUUCACUUCAGUACAAUAUAAAGGGCAUGGUGAUCACAGAGGGGCUCAAACCUUUACUCAGGUAAUUAUGGAUCAGUUAGUGCCAGUUUAGUUAUACAAAACACCUUUACCCUGAGUAGUAAACAAUCUGAGGUCAUAUGCAUUAAACAUGUCUCUGAAUGUGCUGGUGUAAAAUCAGCUCUCUUUAUCUCAGAUUUAUAACAUUAUGUACAUAAAAAAAAAUUUAAAAUCAGUUUUUACUCUCAUCUUAACUAUAAUAAAAAAUACAGAUUUGUAAUAGGGUUGCAUGAUCUUUUUAUACUUACAAAAUUGUGAAUGCUGCUUGCCAUCGUGUGCCAAGGCUUCUUAUAAAUGUAGAUUUUUUUUUUCUGCGCUUGUUUGUAAAAUCCCUGUAUAUUCUUCUGUACAUAAUUUUGGAUGCGUUUUUAAAUCACACCUUUGCAGUACUUUGGUAACACUUCUGUGGUCUCUUACCUGUUGUGUUGUAUGUAUUAAAUUGAAAUGUUUACUGAUGUUUUGUUUACUGAUAAUAACAACAAUAUUCUAAAGAAAUUAAGUUUGUUUGGGCUAAAAUACACACAUGAUGAUUCAACAUAAAACUCAAAUGAGUUUGUCAAUGUUCUCUUCAAAUGAUUCUUGCACUGGUUAUUCACACAAAAGGUAUUUCUGUUUUGUUCAAUUUUACACUGAUCUCUUACAUCCACUGUCGA